AUGUUGCAGUCAGUCUUCCAAUUUUUGAUGGCUGGUGGGGUGCUAUGUCACCUUGAUUUUCCAAUUUUUGUAGCAAAACAUUUAGAAGUGAAGGUUCUUAUUUUGGAUGUUACAACUCCAAUAUUAGUUGGUUCUCAGUUGGAGUUUCACAUACACCACGUGAAGGAGGUGGCUAGAGUUGUAAAGAUACUGUCGUUGCUCGAUUCAAAGACGGGCAAGGUGGCAAAGAAGGCCCCUCGUUGUCUUACUGCGAAACAGAGUGCUGUUGUUGAGGUAACUUCAAAUUCAGGUGGUUUUACAGGGACUAGUUUAUGUAGAUGGGUUCUCAAGUUGCAGAGCUCUUGGAAGGGUACUAGGACGAACUGUAGCUGUCGGCAUUGUAACAAGAAUUAUUGA